AUGCCCUCCUUCACCACCAUCCUCACCCUCCUCGCCGCCACCGCCAUCACUUUCACCACCGCCCUCCCAUCUCCCCACCUGUUCACGCCACGCGCACCCACCAACAUCACCGACCUCAAUGCCGGCGUGAAUAUCUGCACCGAGCCCGACUUCGGGGGCGAGUGCUACCAUUCCUCGUGGCCGAAGAACACCUGCAUCGAUUUGAGAGGAUAUGCCGGCGUGACGCAAACCUUCCUUCCCGACACUGGAUUCGACUGUUUGUUGAUGCAGAAUAAAUGUGACGCCUCCGUCCCCUUCGCCGACAUCUCCUCGGAUGAGACCGAAAUCGCCCGCGACCUCUCUGGCCUCAAGUGGAUCGGCAACGCGACGAGCUACAUUUGCUUCUCGGAGGUCAUGGCCGCCAAGCGAUUCAUUCGCAUCUCGAGACUCAAAGCUUCGGGUGGAAUGGUUCGUGCGGAUUGA